UCCAUUAAAACUGCUGCUCUUAUUUUGUUUUUAAUGCACUUGGAUUUUUGCAGGAGCCUUUUGGACCCUGAGGAUGAACUUUCUAGUAUCCAGUGGGAUUCAAUACCUUUGGACGUAAAGGAGUGGUUAACAGGCACUUUUGCAAGGACAAAAGAGACAUACAGACUGCAACCUGAUGAAAUAACAAGUGUUCGGAGUAUUUCAUAUGCUUUAGAGAAUGCAGUUGUGGUAGAAAGGCAAUUCCGCACAGCCACUAGUUCAAUCGGUAUGGCUUACCCAUUGCAAGUAGUACAAGUUAUGAAGACUGUCGAUAAAUGGGAUUUUAAUGUGUUUACCUUAGAUGAAGCUAGUGAAGGACACAGCUUGAAAUUUGUGAUGUGUGAAAUGUUCACCAAAUAUGACCUUCUGAGCCGUUUCCAGAUACCUAUUACCAUUCUAAUUUCCUUUGCAAAAGCUCUGGAAGCUGGUUACAGCAAAUACAAGAAUCCAUAUCACAAUUCACUCCACGCUGCAGAUGUUACUCAAACUGCACAUGCCAUUAUGCUUCAUACUGGAAUGAUGCAUUGGUUCACUGACCUGGAGAUCUUAGCAAUUAUUUUCAGCACCUCCAUCCAUGACUAUGAACAUACUGGGACCACAAACCAUUUCCAUAUAGAGACAAGGUCAAAAACUGCUCUACUGUAUAAUGAUAGAUCAGUUCUUGAAAACCAUCACCUGAGUGCUGCUUUCCGUCUUCUACAAGACAGAGAUACGAAUAUCUUAGCCAACUUAACCAGUGAUCAGUGGAGGGAAUUGCGUCGCAUGGUUAUUAAUAUAGUUUUAUCUACAGAUAUGUCACAUCAUUUCCAGCAGAUGAAAGUCAUGAAACAUAUUCUGCAAUGUCUCCAAGAUGUUGAAAGGGAACACCGAGAUAAAAUCAUGUCUUUUUUAGUACAUGUAGCUGACAUCAGCCAUCCAGCAAAGCCUUGGGAACUGCACCAUCAGUGGGCAGAAGCAUUACUGGAAGAAUUCUUUGAACAGGGAGACAAAGAGGCUGAAAUGGGACUUCCAAUUUCUUCACUGUGUGAUCGCAAGACAACCAAUAUUGCAGAAUCCCAAAUAGGUUUUAUUGACGUCAUAGUAAAACCAGUGUUUGCUCUUCUACUUGAAACUGUGGAGAAAACAGUUGUUCCUACUACACGUGAAGAUGCUAAAUCUCAGUCUGGAAAAAAUUGGUGUGGACAUUCUUGCUUAUUUGUUUUAAGUUACCUUUUGACUCCGAAAUUAAGUUACAGUAUCCACAUUGGUUCAGACAUUCCAGUCACUGUGAUUUCAUUUAUGAUGCUGGGGCUUCAGUUCCUUCCUUCCUUCCUUCCUUCCUUCCUUCCUAGCAAAGAACAAGAACAAUCCAUGGGGAGUGCUGAAGUAAAUCCUAGUGGGAACAGCCUCAUGAAAAAUGAUGGGAUUUGUGCUGAAAAACAGGAUUUAAUUGCCCUAAACCUAUCAAGAUUUCAGGACCAAAUCCUGCAGAAUAUUGAAGCAAAUAGAAACAAAUGGAAGGACAGUAAGGAGGCUAUUAACAAGGACACUAUUAACAAGGACGCUAUUAACAAGGACGCUAUUAACAAAGAACCAUUAGAUGAGGAAAAUAAGGCUAAAAAACAAGUCACAAUUAAAUCUAAAGCACCAAAAGAAAAACUCCAGAAAACAACAAAAGAAAAACCCCAACCUUCCAGCCCCAGGAAUUAUUGCAUUGCAGCACAAAGUCCCACAACUUGCCGUUGCCAGUUUUGUGUCAGCAAAGCACAUGAACCAAUGGACGUCAGCUUCAUAGUUUACAAUGCAAACGCUUCAGAAUUAGCACAACCACCAGAGGAUACUGAUGUCAUGGAUGUCACGGAAUCAUACGAGGAACUGAUAGAUAAUGGAAGUUCUUGGAGGAAUGCUGCAGGUCAGAAUAUAGAUGCAAACAUACAAGAGAUGAGAGACAUGGUUCCCAAAACAAAGACUCUGCAGCCUAAUGAAAGUGAUGAUGUCAUCAUUGAGGAAUUUAUACCUAAUGACCCACAGCCCCAGAAAACUAGUGAACCGCCCACUGCCAUUACUUCAAUGGAUUUCCAGCAACCACCUAAUCUUGGAUUUUUAAGGACAAAUUUAACCAAAAGCGACCUGGAAAUUUUUUCACUAUGGAAUGAAGAAGUGAUGAGACGUGCCGCUGAGCAGCAGAAAAAAACCUUCAACCAAACAUCGACUGACACAACCCUGCAAGUGGCAGUGCAAGCGCUGCAAAACGAACACUGCCAAGGAAGUGGAGGGGCUCCUGCCCAGAAUCCUGAAACCUUUAUCUUGCAGGUGAUCUCCCUUGACUGUCCUUCUACACCGUGCCCAGAUCACACGGGAGCAAAUUGUGACCCAUGUCAACAGAAAGAUGCCAGUACUCCUGUCCCCAUGAAUUGUACCGUAACAGCAUCAAAUGCGUCUCAACAAGCAAAUGAAGCAACCCAGUGUGGAGCUGCAGCUGUAUCUGUCACAUCCUUGAGUUACGGGGUCUUUAAAAUCCCCCAGUAAGCUGUUUGCUUGCAGAGUUGGAUUGCUCUGUCUUCAAGCAGAAUAGGCACUGAUAUCACAUACAAGGCCAGUUAGCCUAAAUAAAUAGAUCUUUUGCCUGCUGAUUGUUCAAUAUUAAAUGUGGGAAAUGUUCAUGUGGAAGCCUGAAAAAAAGAG